GAUUCACAUGCUAUGUAGCUUUAAUCAUAAACGUUCGCUUCCCCCCUGACAUAAAGUUUAACUUUAAACUAAGACAUUGAGCUCCACUGCCAAAGUACUAUCAAAAAUGCCUCGAUCAAACACCCUUCCAACAGACCCACCCAAAGGUACAUACACUGGCGAUGGGAGACCUAAUCGUAGCAGGACAACAAAAAUGCGAUCGCAAGUUACUUCGCAAGAACCAUCCAAAGCCCAGACAAUCCCUCACUCUACCUCUCAUAAAACUUUCCGUCAUGAAUCAAAGAAAUCAAAUUCGUCAAUUGUUACAGGGAGUUCAACUUUGAAACCUGCGAGACCAGAUGGGUUGAAUAGACAGAAUAGCGUGCAAACGAGAUAUAUGAACAUGCUUCUUUCUCUUGACACUAUUCCUCGCAUGCACAAUAUAUACAUAUCAUUCUUUAGUUGGAUCCUCCUUGCCGGUUUCAUAAUCUUCCCCGGCACAUUCACAUCUCUCCAAUCUCUCCCCUCAUCUUCUCUUCCUUCCGAUCUCCCAGAUGCAACCACCCGACAUAUUCUGCACGCAGUCAAGAACAUCCCUCUUCUCUGGAUCGCAAGCUUCAGCUGUGGUAUUGGCGCAUCGGGUAUGCUAUGGCUCUGGUACACGCAUCGACGGAAUUACGUGUGGCUUUUGAAUAAAAUAUUCCUGCCCGGUUGUUUGAAUAGUGUGGCGGGGUUUGUGGGGACGAUGGUGGGGGUUUAUGGUCAGCAGAAGGGGGCGUGGAGUAUUACUGCUAGGGUUACUGCGAUAGUCACCGCUACGAUUGCGUGUAUAACGAGUAUUCUAUUCGUUUUCUAUAAUUUCUGGUUAUUGAGAAGAGUGAAGAGUACACACGAGAGAGAAAUGAAGAGUUUUGAGGAGGGGUUUGUAGAGAAGAUUAGGAGAAAGAAGGAUGAGCCGGCUUUGGAACCGGGAAGUGUUGUUUAGUGUCCGGAGACGACAUUGUAAUGGUAAGGAGAUGGGAGAGGAUGAUGUUAUACAUGGGUGGGAUAGAAUUCAAUCGGGAGAUGGAAGAUAUUGAAAACUUAUCAUGCUUUGCCAUAUUUCAGAAGAAGAGACAGAAUAGUACAUUCAACAUUGACGAUAGUGAUUUCUUCUCAAGUUCCAUUUAUUUCUUCACUAUCUACAUAAUAGCAAUGAACAUUCCCUCACACAAACAAACUCGAAAUCAUCUAUCUGCUAUUCUCCCACCUCGCCACGAUGAUCCUUUCAUGAACUCACACUAUACAACCCGCACCCCCUUCCUCCCAGAAAACAAGCAUCCCUCUUAAUAUACAUCCCAAAGAAUUCCAGCAACAAACAUAUUUUUAUGAUUCUUCGCAAAACCCCUCAAAUCCCAGCGAUUGAAAACAUCCCAUCUAAACUUUCAACUCCCCCAAAUCAAAUCACGAACGAUAGCUAGACUACCCACAGAAAUCCAAACAUCCCGAUCAAACGAGGCAUCACCAAACUAACUUUAAAUAUACCAGAAAAUAUACAAAGAACAAACACA